AGUCGCAAGGAAGCGUCGCCGGGAGCGGAGCGGGCAGGGAAGGUUUGCUGCAAUGAACGGGGCAAGGAGCCUUUGCACGCUGGUGGAUCUGCAACCGGAGGGAGAGAACCCGGUAAGCGACUCUGCACCUUUUCAGCCUCCCCUGUUCGAGGCUUUAUAGAUAAUAAUUAAACUUUUAAAUAAAACUUACUUUUCUCUAUUUAAAACCUUUGCAAGACUGUAGCAAUCGUAAAGAGUAAAAAACAGGUCCCGUAGCAACUAUUUUACUUUUUAAUAUCAUUUUUUAAAAUUCCUUACCGUUUGUAAAGCAGCGUUCCUCUGCACCUUUUCAGCCUCCCCUAUUCGAGGCUUUAGAUAUAAUAAUUAAACUUUUAAAUAAAGCUUACUUCUCCCUAAUAUUUGAAACCUUUGAAAGACUGUGGCAAUCGUAAAGAGUAACAAGCAGGUCCCGUAGCAAGUAUUUUACUUUUUAAUAUCAUUUUAAUAUCAUUUUUAAAAAGUUCCUUCCCCUUUGUAAAGCAUCGUUCCUUGGUAACUUUAUUUGCUAUUUUUUUAAAGGAAAAAAAGGAUUUUAGGUUGCUAAGUGUUACUCAGAGUAGGUGCACUGAAUUUUCUGAACCUGAAUUAGUCGUGUUUCUUCAAUGGGUCUACUCUGAGGAGCAUCGAAUUCACACCCUUGGAAAGCGAUGUGCCCUGUUGAUACUAAAAGGAAAAUUGAAAUAUUGCGAUUGUGUGUGUGUGUGUGUUUAAAUGCAGUACUGUACAUUAUUUAAGAAUAAUGCGGCCUCCGACAUGUAAAAAGAAAAACGACUGUCAAAAAGAUAAACAAGUCCUUUCUAAGUCAAAAGCAGAUUGUAAUGCGAUACUAAAAGCAGCCAGAAGUGUAGGUGUGCGUUUGGCAGAUCAAGGUUGAAUCCUAUAAACACUUGGGCUGUCAUCUUGUCCCUGAGAGUACAACUCCUUGAACCUUAGUGGAGCUUACUUCUGAGUAAAUCCGUGUAGGGUCGCACUGUUGAGUACAGUUGGCACUCAGUUAAAUACGUACUGUACAAGAUUGUGCUGUGUGGUGGUUACUCGUAAUGUAAAUACUAGCUGUCGCUCAUUACACUUCGUAAAGGUUGUCUCUGAGCAUGUGCAGUUGGCCCUUGUGUCAGCAAGUUCCAGACAUUUAUACAGUAUUUGUUAGUCUCUGUCUCUUUUUUUGCAAGUCACCCCUAAAGCAGAGGUUACAGCUUUAUGGCUGGGGGGGGAAGGCAUGGUAUCCACAAUUCUGGGCCAAAAAGCUCAUAUUUGGUGUGGAACAAACUACUAGAGACACAUUUUUUAUCUGGGAUUAGUCUGAACUUGUAUUAAAGUCAAGUAGACUCAAGAUUUAAAGGAUAAAUCUAUUGCUUCAAACCUAAGUUUGAUUGCUCGGAAGUAACUCCCCGUGGAAUUCUGUGGGGUUUACUUUUGAGUAGGUGUAGCUAGGAUCACCGCCUAUAUGUAUGCAUGAGUCUCCUGAUCAAAUUGUUGUUUGCUUCUUCCUUGGGUGUCCUGUUUUAAAAAAGGAGAAAAGCAAAUUAUAUUUUAAAGAAAUACAUAGAAUAUGCUCCUUUGUAAGGAGGAGGCUAUAUAAUUUUUUACCAAUAUUCUUGCGGUGACUUCUGAGUUGUAACACUUGAUAUUUGGGAGGCUCAACAGUUUUGAGAAGUAUUUAUUUUGCAGGGUGAUCUGUGCAAAAUGUCAAAGGCAGUGGCUAGAUUUAGGAAAUACCGUAUUUUUUGCUCUAUAAGACUCACUUUUUCCCUCCUAAAAAGUAAGGGGAAAUGUGUGUGCGUCUUAUGGAGCGAAUGCAGGCUGCGCAGCUAUCCCAGAAGCCAGAACAGCAAGAGGGAUUGCUGCUUUCACUGCGCAGCGAUCCCUCUUGCUGUUCUGGCUUCUGAGACUCAGAAUAUUUUUUUUCUUGUUUUCCUCCUCCAAAAACUAGGUGCGUCUUGUGGUCUGGUGCGUCUUAUAGAGCGAAAAAUACGGUAAUUGACUUGCUUCAGUUGAAUAAGGAUUCAACAAAAAGUUUUUGUCUUUGUGUGCCGUAUCAUCUGGCCGUAACAUUGACCUUUGGAAGUGAGGAAGGAAAGCUUUCGUGUGCCCAUUUUGCAGAUGGCAAUGGGGGAAAUGGAGGCCAGGAGAAAAUGACUUCCCUCAGGCCACCUGAUGAGUUUGUGAGGACUACCAAUGUUCACAGGAGUUGUUUUCCCUUUUGUCAUAGUGAUUUUUGUUGUAUGAGGUAGCCUGGCGGUGACAUCUAUUUCCAUAGGUUUGUGAGGUUGCAGUUACUAAAGGCCUCUUUCCUUCUAGGACUUAUUUUAGGGCAGGGUGGAUAAAAAUCAAUGAUUGUUUUUUUAAAAAAUGGAUUUUUUCUUUUAUUUAAAUAGGAUUUUAAAAAUAAAAUGCCUUGGAAGAAAAAUCUUUCUAAAGGUAGCUUUUUGUUUAGGUUACAUUAUAGUCCAAAGGCUGUUCAUCAGGAAAUAAGGAUUUGUUUUAACAGACAUAUGCUACAAUGUUAUUGCUUUAGUUAAAUAAGUUGUUUAAAUUGUUAUUAAGUAAAUGAUUAUUUUUAUCCUUCCAAUAAAGUACAGCAGAAAAGUUCUCCAAAUAUAAAUAGUUCACUUAUUGAACCUCACAAUAAUUUCAUAAUGAUCUGUCUAUGUAUUUCUAAUAGUAUAACCAAAUCAGUGAUUUUUGAUAUCACUGUAAAAACUACUCUGGAAAUUUAUUAUUCCAAAAAGGAAACCUUCAUCUGGUUGUAAAUAUUAAGAUGAUACCAGCAAGAAUGAGUUUUUCUGUAAAAAAAUAUUUAAAUCAAGUCUUACUGGUUAGUGAUUUAAAUUGUGAUUUAAAUCAGAUCCACCCUGUUUUAGGGACUCUUCCCCCCAUCACCUAUCAGUUGUGGAGGCCGCCCAGUGAUCAUCUCUCUCUGGUGAGUUUGGGGUGGUGCCAAACUCCCACUCCCACCCCCCAAUAAAAUUCUUAAAGCAGGAUCCCUGUGACUCUUUAAAUCCCAGGGUGGAUUUAGUUUUAGGGAUCUGGGAGUCAGCGACUGAGGCUUGGCCUGCUACGUGGGGAGUCCCUAUGGGUUUUCCAACAUCUUACUACUUUUGGGGGGCUUCCGUGGGGGUUGAGUGGUCUCUGAUAGGAGUGUUUUGUGCUGUGAGAUGCAGGAAUGAGUCUAGUUUCUUUUCUUUUUUUCCAAAAUUUUUAUUAAUUUUCCAAAAAACAUUUAAACAAACACACAAAUAGAAAAACAAACAUAGAUCUCAACCGUAUAUAAACCAAACUUGGUAACAUUGUUGAGUGACUUCCUCAUAUCCCCCUGGUUGAAUUUCAGUGUAUAUCAUUUUAACGGUUUUCCGAAACCACUAUUCUUAUAAAAUUAACUUAGUCACUUAACAUCUUUUUAUUUUCCUUUCCAACUCUGUAUUAAACAUAUUAAUUCAUCCCAUUAUCUGAUUAUGUCCUAAGCCUAUCAGUUAUUUGCAAACUUCUCGAAUUAGUUUAACAUAUUUUACUAAAUAGUCUUUAAAUUUCGUCCAUUCUUCCUGGUAAUUCUCCUCCUUCUGGUCGUGGACUCUUAGGAAUGAGUCUCGUUUCCGAGAAGCAGCGGAAAGUCGAACACGAUUUAAAACUGUUAUCUGAAGGAAUUGCAGGUUGGCUGUUUUGACAUGUCAAACCUUUUUGGGAUGGCACCAAUAAUGACACGGUGAUGCCACUCCUUGCUGCUGAAAAUGGUUGCUUAUCUGAUGUCUCCGCUGGGAGAUGAGGAGGGCAAAUUAAUUAGAUAUUCCUGAAAUAGGCCUUUUUGGGGGAAGGGAGGUGGGGUAGGAGUUGAAAGGAUGGAUGGUGGGAAUAUAUUUUUCAAAAAAUUAAUGCAAGUUCAGGCGGAUGAUAAUGUCUUGCAUUUUUGCAAAACAGAGUUGGUGUCUGUUGUGUUCGUUAAUUUAUUUAACAGACUUUACGUGCCACUUAAUUGUAAAUCAAACCUCUUAGAGGUACACAGAAUUGUAAACUGCCCAGGUUGGUCUGACCCCAGAGCUAAAUUUACCUGUGUUUACUCACCUUAGAGAGGUAGGUAUGGGAUUGUAGUUCACCUGCGUUGUCUCUCUCUUCUUCCUUAUCUUGUUCUUUGUCUCUGCUGUUAUCUGGUUUUGCAAAUUCCUCUGCCCACCCAAAUUCUUGAAAUUGCUGAAUCAAAGCAUGAACUUUGACCAUCUUGCAAAUCGCAUCCUUCACCUUAAAAGGCCAAGAUAAUGAGUUUCUCCUUCCCAACCUUGUCCUUGGCUUAAUUUACUGCUCACUGCUUGUCCAGGUCUUGGCAUUUCAAAAAAGUAAAACAACAACAACAUUCUGAACGAGAGUUUUUUUCCUUUCUUUAAUGAGUAGCUGUCGCUUGGAUAAAAAUUUGGGCAUUUGACCCAGCAAAAAAGAAAGAUUUAUCCAUUUGACCAGUCAAGUUAACAGUGAAGCAUUUUGCAAUUUAUUUGUGUUGGAACAGAAAUGUGAUUUAAAUUGUUUAAAGUUUAAAUAAUCAGCAGGCUUAGCAGGUAGGCGCAACACAAAAACAAAGUAGCUAACUGGUUCAGUAGCAAAGGAAUCCAGCUCCGUUUUAUUCAAUGUUCCAACUUUGCACAACACUCCCUAAAGCUUCCAAUAAAUAAACAGAUCACGACACGCGCUUUUUAUUUAAUCCUGGAACACAGAAUCUGCUUUAAGUCAAUUUUUUAAGAAAGGCUAUUAAGCCAAAUAAAGCAAACGUAACAGCAAGCAUUUUUUUUUAAAAAGCCAAACCUGAAACAAAGGCUGUUUUUGCUAAGUAGACAGCAGUCCACUUUGUCAAGCCUCAUAGAAUAUUUGACUGCUGGCGAAUUGACAGCAUUUAAGUGGUCAGUUGGCUGGUGUACAAACCCUAAUUUUAAGCUGAAGGAGGAAGGCUUCUGAGUGGAUUUUAGCAUAUAUAUAUGCUGCUGAGAGAGUAAUAAAAGGUCAGAGGGGGAAAACCAUCUCUUCUGGUUAGAAACAGGGAUGCUCACCUGAUCCCCAUCAUUGCUUACCUUUAGGAAACCUUAUUCCUUCUUCAAGGCCUUCAGCUUUCAGAUAUCUGUAGGCUCCUUGAUUGGGUGGGAUGUUUUAAUCCUGCCUUUUAAAAACACAAUUGUCUUUUUCUUCUGUUUUAAGCUGGUUUUAAUGUUUGCUUGUUGCUUUUGAAUUGGCUUUGUGUGUUUUUUUAGAAAAGACUCAUAAGUUUAAUAAAUAAAAUAAUGUACCGUAAAUAAGCAACUGGAAUGCGUAGCUAGGAUGCAACUCAAAUCUCCCUGCCCCAAGGUGGUUGUUCCCUGCCCACUCCUAAAAAAAAAGGUGUUUUGCCAGGGAUGUAUUGUGUGAUCAUUGAGAAGGAAAGUUACCUGUUUUUUUUAUCUAUCUACUGUGACCCUCUGUUCUUAUUAGGCAGGGUUACGAAUGUGAAGUCCUGGCUUAUCACAGACUUCUGAAAUGGCGUCUUUGUGACUCAGAUUUCAUUUGGAAAACAGUAUCUUUAUUACAAAUUUUAGUUUGCAAGACAUGGGUUACGUUCAGAAGUGGGCUUUUUGUGUGGGCUAGUUUUCCUGGUCAUAAAUUGUAGCGCUUACGUCUUGAUUUUCAGCAUUCCGUUUACAUUGCAAUGCCUUGCGUUAGAAAACUCUGGCUUUUAAAAAAUCAGUUUACUGCCGCAUCACGCUGAAUUCUAAAUGGCGGUAAAGAACUGUAAUUUUGUCACUGCAAGUUUUCCCGAGUUAACAGUCUUGCAAAUGCUCCCUCUCCUACAAGAAAUGAUUAAGGCAGAAAUUAGAGCUAAACUUCCACUGAAUGCAGCCGUGGGAUCUCAGGACUCCAACUAGGUAUUUUAAAAUUCCCAGGCAGGGUCAUAACAAUAGCAUUCCUCGUCUUCAGGGUGGAUUUAUAAACAUCUUCUCCCACCCUUCCCCAGCUUGAGUUCUUGAGGAAAGUGACUGUUUUGACGAUUCUUAUUUUCAUCAGUUGUGUGCUAAGCCUAUCCCAAACCUGUUAUAAGAUGGCGCUGUCUGUUAAACCACAGAGCCUCUUGGGCUUGCCGAUCAGAAGGUCGGCGGUUCGAAUCCCCGUGACAGGGUGAGCGCCCGUUGCUCAGUCCCUGCUUCCGCCAACUUAGCAGUUCGAAAGCACAUCAAAGUGCAAGUAGAUAAAUAGGCACCACUCUGGCGGGAAAGUAAACGGCGUUUCCGUGCACUGCUCUGGUUUCACCAGAAGCAGCUUAGUCCUGCUGGCCACAUGACCCGGAAGCUGUACGCCGGCUCCCUCGGCCAAUAAAGCGAGAUGAGCGCCGCAACCCCAGAGUCGUCCACGACUGGACCUAAUGGUCAGGGUCCCUUUACCUUUCCCUAUCUCUUGUUUUGGGAUGAGCCAGUUUUGUGGUUACUGUGUGAAUGUAUCCACGUUCUAGCAACCGAGGGUGCCUUAGCGGUGACGUCACAGGCGCUGUCCACUAGGUGCCUGUGGCCUUUCUGCAAUUACAUCCUGGAUCACAAGAGCCUGGCUAGCUGGACUCCUAUAUAAAUGUUAGUUAUUACCAAAUAUGUAACAUGCUUGCAGUUGGGAGUUAGUUAUUAUCAAAUACAUAACGUGCUUGCGUUUGGGAGUCGGAAGUUUGUGAUGUAGGUUGAUGACACAACAGCAGCAACAGCAACAAACCCAGAGGGAUUUUGUGGCUAAUAUCCUACCUGGAUGGAUACUGGUGAUUAAGCACACUGAGGACUAGUAACUUGCCUCUCUUCCCAAGUUCAAUGCCCAGUAUCUCCAGUUAACCCACCUCAAGUUGGAGUCUUGUGGACAAGACUUUUGGCUGGGCUCUAAGCCCUGCUGAAGAGAAAAUGUGAAGGCUUUGUACAACAGCCGUGUAAAGGAGGCCACUGAACUUUUUCUUCUGUUCACAUCUUAUCAGGUGGCGGCUGUUAUUUUUUAUUUUUAUUUAACCUGUCCUUCCUUCAGUUUUCCCAAGGCUGCGUACGUGGUCUCAUCUUAUCCUACCAACAUCCCUGUGGGGUAGGACUGUGUGACCGACUUAAGGUUCACACAGUAGAAUUUGGAACCCGGGUCUUGAUGACCAGAAUACAGCAGUGCACCACAUUGGCUAAAAUAUGUCAAUUAGUGCCUUUUUAAUUGAUGAGCGUUGGAAAAUAUCACCUGCAUCAAAAUCUCCACUUAAUUACCGUAUUUUUCCGUGUAGGUUUUUUCAUUAGAAAACAAUGUCAAAAAAUAGGGGGCGUCUUAUACACUGAUACACCCCCCCCCAAAAAGCGGGGCAUCUUAUAGAUGGAAAAAUAUGGUAAAUGUGGGCCAAUCCUUCCCUCUCAGCCUAAUCACCCUGAUCCAUUGAGCUUUGUGACUUGAGUUGAGAUUUGAACUCUGAACCUAGUCUGACUCUCAUUCUACACCUCACUGUUCCUUCUCCCCCAGGGAGCCACCACAGUUAAGACACCGCCCUCCCAUUACCACCCUGUUAUUAGUUCCCGUCUUAGAGAAGAAGUAAAUACAUUUAUUUAUUUCAUAGAAUUUAUACAAAUCUUGAUUGUAAAAAGCCUCCAAGUGGUUUUCAAAAAAUGAGUAAGACUCAUUACCGAAGGCAGCAUCUACUCACUGUAAGUGACCAUCCCAACGGCUGUUUUAUGGCAUCCAUUCCUCUUAACCUUGGGGAAAAAACUACAAAUAGGGGUUUGGUUAUGUGUUUCUUGCUCAUUAGUGUCUUGAAAAAUACCUAUCGCUCUGACCUCAUGUUUUCUCAUAAACGUCGCUCGCAAAUGGGUUCUGAUGGAGUGAGGAAUGUAAAGAUAAUUAUAACCUGGCGUGGAAAAUGGGACUGUAAUCUUUCUGCAACAUUUAACAUGCCCCUUGCCGAGUGGGUAAUUGUGCCGGGGACUCGGGAGAAUCGCAUUUGCGUAAUCAAGACAUCUCCUGGGACUUAAAUUGCGGCACGUUGCUCGUUCAGUCAUUUAUUUCUCAGGAGAGAGCCGCGAGGCUUAGCUGCAAUUUCGUUCAGCUGAUCGCAUCUCGGCUUGAAGUGACAGAUCCAGAUGCGUGUCACAGCUCUCCUGGCACAGCACAUAAUGCCUUUUGAGGUUUUAAAAGAGGAAUCUGGCUGAGCGGUGGACAGCAAAGGUGAAUGGAGAGACAUUGGAAACUGAUGCUCUGAAAACCUGGGGAAAUCUGCGUGCCACUGUGACGAAGACCACCCACCCACAGCCCCUGCUAGAUGUAAUUAGUGCUGUGCUAGAUGCUCUUUUCAGUUGCAAAAUUGAUUUUGCGAUGCCUCUUUGUGCAAAAAACGCUAAGGGGUUGUUUUUCAGAGUCUUGAGUCCACAGACGGGGCAGAUCUCCAGCAACUGCCAACGUUUGCAUGACUUCUGAACUGGGAUGCAGUCGGUUUUAGUUAAUUGCUUUAAGGUUGGGCAUUUCUCUAGCCAAGAAAUAAAAUAGAAAAUUGACCGACUGGCCAGAGCAACCACCCCCAACCUGGUCCACAGGUUUUGGAUUACAUCUGUGAAGCAGAACUCCCUCAGUUGCCUCUGCUGGGGCAGACCAGCUCCAUCCGGCCUCCUCUCCCCCCAUAUUUCAUUGGGGAAAGCCAUUCCAUCAGGCUGCGUCAGUGGGAGACAUGGGAAGCAAUAGGACACAUCUCACCAGCUUUUCUGGAGACCCCGUUCCGUUAGGCACCUCCUGCCCCUGAACUGCGCCAGCAUUUGGUCAUUUCAGGAACACCUGUUGAGAAAUAGAUGCUUGAGUUUUCCUCUUCCCUCCCUGUCCCUUUUCCCUUGUGUGUCUUUUAAAAAAAAUAUUAAAGUAUUGAGGUAGGGACUGUCUUGUUUGGAAUCUGUUAAGCAGCGGCAGAAUUAUCCACUUCUGUGCCUGUUCUCCUUUCCCAUCCCGGCUGGCCACCUAGAAGAAUUUGCAGCUAAGAACUUACACCUGGAUUUGCGCUUUUUCCUGGGAACUGUAGGGUGUUCAGGGUGCUGGGAAUUGUAGGUCUACAGCUCCCAGGAUUCUCUCAGGAGUGUGUGUGUGGGGGGAGGCCAUGAUUCUUAAAGUGUUAUCGCAUGCCUCCAAAUAAGCAAGCAUAAGAUUCACCUUGGAUGCAAAGGAAAAAUUCCGUGCUUAGGCUGUUUACAUAGAGCAAGCUCACUGACGGUUAACAAAAUAUUAACUUCUACACCUUGACUUGUAUUUUCUGGGGUGGUUUUCUUGUGUGUGUGUGUGUGUGUGUGUGUGUGUAUAGAUAUAUAAUACCCCCAGGGGCUUUCCCACCUUGAUAUUGGUGAAUGCAGUGACUCAUUUCCUGAAACACUCAGCCGAUCUGUGAAGUUCUGCCCUCCCCCUACCAUAUAUGGGGCGAUUGCAGAAUCUCACCUGCGUAUUUUGUGUUUGCGUGGCGAUGGCUGCUAUAGAGACCAGCUUAAUAACCGCUUCGGUUGACCUGCCACGCCUUCAGGAUUCUUGGUGGGGCAGGUAGAUCUCUGCCACAAAUCCUCAUAUUUCAGGAACUGGAGCCAGUGACCCAAACAGGGAAAAGGUAGUCAGCCGUUGGAAGAAAAUCUGCAGUUAGUCGAAUCUCUUGGAGAUAAUCAACCCUCUUUACACCAGCGAAUUUCGACCAUAUGUUAGUGGGCAUUGGUGAUUCAGCAACAUCUGGAGACUCGAAGUUGAAGAAACCAUUGCUCUAGAUCAUGCCCCCCCCCCGAAGUGUUGGACUAUGACUCCCAUCAUCCACUGGCAGCGCCAGCAAUGGAUGAUGGGAGCUGGAGUCCCAGCAGCGUCCAUUUUGCAGGCACCAGGUUGGGGAAGCCUACUGUAGGCGCAGAAAUGUGUUUUUUUGUUUGUGAGUUGUGUAUGGCCACAUUCACACCAUGUAUUUGAAGCACUGUGAUAUCACGUGGAACAAAUUCUGGUUGUGGUAGUUUAGGCUGCUGAGAGUUGUUAGGAGAAGCCCCCAUCCCCCCCGGCAAUUGUAUCAAAUAUUCAUAUAGCAUCAGAUAUUCAAAUUGGCUUCUAAUUGUAUUUUUAUUGCUGCUUCUGUUUCUUACGUUGCCGUAUUAUGGCUUGAAUCCUGUGGAAUUCAGAUCGUGACAUGAUAGAGUACAAUGUGUAGGAACUAAAAGAAGCAAUAAAAAUGCAGGUUAAAAAGAAUUGCAAAUGCUACCAUGGGCAGAAAAAACAUAAUUAAGCCGGUUCCCCCUGCAGGAUUCUUGGCAAUUUUAAUGUGGCCCAUGGCAGGAAAGCAAAGUUUGAGAACCUCUGACCUAGGCAUUAGCCCAAAGGAGAUGGAGAAAAAAGGGGGGGGGAUGAAGGCAUUGUUUCAGACAAGGGCCUGUAUUCCAGCCACCCUCUUAGUUUUGGUGAUUCCCGCAUUCCUGCAUUCUUCCAAGUUUAUCUGUGCAUAAUGAGGACUAGAACCUUGUUUGUGUGUAUGUGCUUUUAAAAGCUGAAAUUCUCUGAGAUCAGAAUUUGGGGCUCACUAUCAUAAUGGGACGCGGGUGGCGCUGUGGGUAAAAGCCUCAGCGCCUAGGACUUGCCGAUCGAAAGGUCGGCGGUUCGAAUCCCCGCGGCGGGGUGCGCUCCCGUCGCUCGGUCCCUGCUCCUGCCAACCUAGCAGUUCGAAAGCACCCCGGGUGCAAGUAGAUAAAUAGGGACCGCUUACCAGUGGGAAGGUAAACGGCGUUUCCGUGUGCUGCUCUGGUGCCGGUUCGCCAGAUGCAGCUUCGUCACGCUGGCCACGUGACCCGGAAGUGUCUGCGGACAGCGCUGGCCCCCGGCCUCUAGAGUGAGAUGAGCGCACAACCCUAGAGUCUGGCAAGACUGGCCCGUACGGGCAGGGGUACCUUUGACCUUUACUAUCAUAUUACGCGUGGGUUUUGCGUGCUCCUGGAUAACAGAACGAGCCUGUUUUUAUUUUUUAUUUUGGUUCUGCAGCUCUGCGGGCUUUGAUUCGGGAAUCAAGAAGGCAUUUUCUGCUCUGCCCUGUAGUGGUUGCCCGUGGCGCCAUUUCUGUUCCCCUGCAGUUUGCCUUCUGCCAAAAGCUACGUCGUGGGGCUCACUCUCUGCCAUGGCGAAACCUCAUAACUUGCGUAAUUACAUUACGUAAAUGAUAAAGCCCUUACGUCAUGCCAGGCGAGUUCUUUUCAGUGCAGAGGGAACGUAUUGUGAGCAAACCGAAAGCGGAAUACUGAUUGUAUUCUCUGGGUUGAAUUCCUUUCCAGACACGAGACAGGUAAAUGUGGUGCAAUCAUUUGACCCUCUUAUACCCCACUUGCUAUCUCCAGCUGAAUUCCCACCCCCCAAAAAAGUCAAAUAUCUUCUUGCAAAUGUGAGCGCGUUUGUUCAGGGCAGAUUCUGCACCUCUGGAGCAGCAGCUGGGUUGUCCGGGGUGUGGAAUGACACAUUGCGGAGAUCCUGCUCCGAGUUUGCCUAAAAAAUGUUGCCGUCCCGGUUUGUUCCUGAUUCUUGCUUCAUAAGCCCUGGAUGUCGUAAUUGAGAAUUGGGACAGACCCAGAGCAAGGGGAAAAGCCCCAAAAUGUCAGAGGUGGGCGGAGGAUGCCUUGCCCUUGUGCCACAAAUCGCCCCAGGUCGGCCCAAACUCCUGGUCGCCUGCCAGCGUGGUGCUGGAAUGGUGGGUUUUUUUUGAAACUGCAAACAAGGUGACGACAGUGACUUUAAUAGGCUUCGCCAGAGCCUUUUGCCCGCCAGGUAAUUAAGGUACGCCUUUCUGUGCCACGUUGAAAGACGUUCUGCUCUCGAAGCAGCUUCUGGAACGCCCUCCCUCUCAACUGGAAUUGGGCGUUCAAGGGCUGGCAGCGCAUGUACAAAUUGCUGGCGAUUAAAGCAGGGGAAACGUGGGUCGGUCCUAAUUGUGGCCCCCUGGGCGUUCAGGUGGGGUCACGGGUAUCCUAAACAGGUGUGUGCAGUUCCACAGAGGUGUGAUGUGCUGAGGUUGGCGGGUGUUUUUCCUUCCCCUGGACAGGACGCUCUCUUGCACCUUGCCCAAAUGCUCACGCUUUGCUGAUCGCGCCGUACUUGUCCGCGUGCUGAUAGCGCCGUGUUAAUUAGCUGAACGGCAGGAGGAUCUUGGCUCGCAGCAGCACCCACGAUACUCAAGCAAUCUGCUCACGAGGAGCCCACCAGCAGGAGAGGAAAGCAACAGCGCGCUCUCAGAUGGCGUGCAAAUUUGUCGAGAGAGGCCUUGUGUCAGGUGUUGUGUGACAUUGACUGUUGCACCCCCGUGUCACUCCAUCUAAUAAAAUGCGUUCAGGACGUCGAGGGGGUGUCUGAACAUAGGGUGGUUCUCCAGUAAACCAGGCCUAGGCCACCUGUCAUGUAGGAUUUAAUAAUAAAUAAUAAUAAAUUUUAUUUAUACCCUGCCCACCCAAGCCAAGACUGGGCUCAGGGUGGCUAACACCAAGUAUAAAAACAACUGAUUGAGAUACAACUUAAAAACAAGAUUAAAAUAGGACAUUAAAAUGCAGCCUCAUUUCAGUAGAAACUCAAAUCAAAAACUUUUUGGAGAUGAAAACGUCAAGUCUUCACCAAGGCCAACUAUCCAGACUGGUCCUAUGUGGGCCAGAAAAAAAGCCAGGGAAGUCCCCAACUAGGAGUUCCAUCACAGAAGGAGAAAGAAAAAAGGAAAGAGGGAAAGGGGAUCAAGUGGAUUCCAAGCCAAUGGCCAGGAGGAGCAACUCAUGAGACAGAGCGUUCCACCAGGCCAGAGCCAGUGUUGAAAAGGCCCUGGCUCUGGUUGAGGCUGAUCUUUGAGAUUCCUGCAUUGUCUGGGGUUGGACUGGAUGACCCUCAGGGUCCCGUCCAACUCCGCAUUUCUGUGAUGUCUUUCAGGUGAUUUCGGACUACAGCUCCCAUCCAGCGUUCGAAAUUCACCAGGCACAUGCCCACCUGGAGUUGCACGCCUGGGGAUCCUUGGAUUUUGACCAGGGGUCAGCAAACUUUUUCAGCAGGGGGCCGGUCCACUAUCCCUCAGACCUUGUGGGGGGCCGGACUAUAUUUUGAAAAAAAAAAUGAAUGAAUUCCUAUGCCCCACAAAUAACCCAGAGAUGCAGUUUAAAUAAAGGUACACAUUUCUACUCAUGUAAAAACACACUGAUUCCCAGACCGUUAGUGGGCCGGAUUGAGAAAGCGAUUGGGCCAGAUCCGGCCCCCUGGGCCUUAGUUUGCCUACCCAUGAUCUUGACUGUUUCCACACAUUAACAGCACGUCCUGUAGAAUUAUUCCCGUUACAUUUUAUCUGCACAAUCGGUAUGAAUUUCAGGAACCAAGAAGUCACGUUGAAAAACAUGACUUGGAAGCUCCAAAAUGGCCAUUCGGCAUUCCGUUAUGGUGGCUGUACGCCUGGUUUAAGGAGCCAUUUGGCUAAAUAUAAUCUGAGUUUCCAACUCUGCUCCCAUCAUCCCUUGAGUGGGCCGCCGUUAGCCGUGAAAACGUUCGCCCUGAGUUUGUUGGGCGUGUGCACAGCUACUGAACGCUGUGGACGACUUUGCAGGGAGAGAAGACACCAUCAGAGCGUCACUUUUUCCGUGUCUCAGCCCUGAGAUCUGGCGCGCUCUCUCUCUUUCUCUGUGUGUGGCUAAAAUAAGUCUAUUUUCACGCUUGUUUACAAGGCUGAGAACAAGUUGCUGAACAAGUUUGGCUAGGGGCAGAAGGAGAAAAAGGAAAGCCUGCAUGUUAAGCUCUUUACGCAGCGCGGGGAGGCGGAAACGAAUCCUCCGCGCCAACUGUCUCGCAUGAAUUAAAAAUGAGUGCCUGUCUCUCGGGCAGAACCGCGCUUGCAUUGAUUCCUGCAGAGCCGAAGUUGGGCAGAGUCAGCCUGAGGCCUGGGAGGGUUUGGGGGCUCACAGGAAGCUGCUUUCUGCAGAUCCAGACCUGUAGUCCCUCUAGUUCAGUGCAAACUGCACUGGCUGGCAGCUGCUUGCCCAGGGUUUCAGGCCAGAGGAAAUUCCCCAGCCAUUCCUGGAGACGCCAGCGAUGGAAGCUGGGACCUUGUGCAUGCAAAACGGCCGCUCUGACCCUGAGCCACCUUCCCCAAAAACAAAUCAAGACUCCAGUCCUCAUGGUUCUGAACACAGAGGUAGUUUAAAUGGGGCCUUCUGCAUGCAGAGCAGCUGUUCUCUACCACCUCUGGCUGUUCGCUAAGAAUUGCUAGUCACCCAAAGCUGUUAUUUGUUCAUGUUGUUGUUGUUAAUGUUGUUUAGUCGUGUCCGCCUCUUCGUGACCCCCUGGACCAGAGCACGCCAGGCCCUCCUGUCUUCCACUGCCUCCCGCAGUUUGGUCAAACUCAUGCUGGCAGCUUCAAGAACACUGUCCCACCAUCUCAUCCUCUGUUGUCCCCUUCUCCUUGUGCCCUCCAUCUUUCCCAACAUCAGGGUCUUUUCCAGGGAGUCUUCUCUUCUCAUGAGGUGGCCAAAGUCUUGGAGCCUCAGCUUCAGGAUCUGUCCUUCCAGUGAGCACUCAGGGCUGAUUUCCUUCAGAAUGGAUACGUUUGAUCUUCUUCUUGCAGUCCAUGGGACUCUCAAGAGUCUCCUCCAGCACCAGAAUUCAAAAGCAUCCAUUCUUCGGCGAUCAGCCUUCUUUAUGGUCCAGCUCUUACUUCCAUACAUCACUAUAAAACCAGAGCUUGAACUAUAUGGACCUUUGUCGGCAAGGUGAUGUCUCUGCUUUUUAAGAUGCUGUCUAGGGUUUGUUCAUAAUAGUGCCUUUUGGGGAGAAUCUCUUCAGCUGUUAGACGGCGCUUCAUUUCCCCCGCUUCAGAUCCCUCUGUAAAAUCAACCCAUCCCAUGAAGCCUUUGGCUGAGCUCUGUCAUUCUUGAGAUCAGGAGAUCUGCUUCGCACCAUGACAGAACCAGGCCUCCCGUGUGGUGGCCCCUAGCCUUUGGAACUCCCUCCCACUGCACGUAUCAGACAGGCGCCUUCUCUCUUGUCUUUUUGGCACCUGUUUAAUAAGUUCCUCUUUCGACAACCUUCUAAAAUCUCCAUCCCAGCUUCCUUCUCUCUUAGAUGGGUCCAAGUUGAUUUCAAGCAACCGCCAUUAUGUUGAGACUGUGUUUUGUAUUUUAGGAUAUACAGGUGAAACUCGAAAAAUUUGAACAUUGUGGAAAAGUUCCUUUAUUUCCGUAAUCCAGCUUGAAAGUUGAAACUAAUAUAUGAGAUACACUCAUGACAUGGCAAGCGAGAUAUGUCAAGUCUUGAUUUGUUACCAUUGCGAUGAUCAUGGUGUACAGCUUAUGAAAACCCCAAAUUAACAAUCUCAGAAAAUUAGAAUAUUCAAGGAAAUCAGCAAAACAAGGGUUGCAAAUCGAGCAAGAUUGGACCUCUGAGAAGUAGAAGCAUUUCUCACUUUGCAUGUCAUGAGUCGAUCUCAUAUAUUAGUUUCGCCUUUUAAGUUGAAUUACUGAAAUAAACGAACUUUCCCACCACAUUCUAAUUUUUCGAGUUUCACCUGUAUAUACAUUUUUUAUAGACCUCAUAUGCAGUUAUAUAUAACGGCUGAUUAUGUUUUGAUCAUGCCGCAAAUUUGGGCUGCCUCGUGGGAAGCGAUCCACGAACGAAAUCGACAACAGCGCCUGGAAUGACAACCUUUCUGCGGCUGUUAUAUUAGAGAUCGCUUUGGGAUGCAAUUUGCAAAUACUGGUAAAAGUUGCUAAGCCAACGUCUUGAGCGUGUCUCUUUUGCCGUCUUGUUUUUCAGGACAGUGUGAAAAUACUAAGACUGACCCUCCAGAAUGACCUUCCUGGGGACAGGCGUGACCAAGGAAAGCAAAAGGUGAGUGGCUUGUGUGAAUAAGGCCCCGCUUGCUAUACUAUUUUAGCAGCCACGACUGCCCCCAAAGAAUCCUGGGAGCUGUAGUUUGUUGCGGGUGCUGAGAUUUGUCAGGAGACACCCCCCCAGUUCCCCUCACAGAGCUGCAACUCUCAGCAGCUUGACUGAACCUUCCUAGGAAAUUUUGGGAACUGUAGCUUUGUGACGGGAAUUGGGUGGGGGGGGUCUCCUCUCAACUCUCAGCACCCUUAAAAUGCUACAGUUCCCAGGAUGAGGGCCGGAUGGAGGUUUGAUGAGGCCCUGAGCUACUGAAGGUAAUGGGGCCCUUUAUAUGUCCAGCUGUCCUUUGUCAACAACAAAUUGUCACUUUUUUUGUGCUGAAUAUAUGCUAUAUGGAAAUUGAUGGACCUAAUAGGUAUCUAAAGCCAUUUGCACAUCACAAAAUAUGUAUUUUAUCAAAGUAAUUGUUGAACUGAAAUACAAUUUAGAAGAAGUACCGUAUUUUCCGUGUAUAAGACUAGGUUUUUUGUUACUAAAAAAUAACGUUAAAAGGGGGGGUAGUCUUAUACGCAGGGGCAACCCCCCCCCAUUUUCUUAAUUUUGAGUCCCCCCAAAUAGGGAGCGUCUUAUACACAGGGGCGUGUUAAACACAGAAAAAUACGGUAUAUUAAUAGUGAAAUGCAAUUAAGAAGUAUAUGGGGGGGGGGGCAAGAGAGUAGGGCCCUAAGCGAUAGCUUGUUUAGCUUAUACGUAAAUCUGGCACUGCCCUGGUUCCUUUGGGAAGAAGCCAUGCUUGUUAAAUGUGGUAUAAAAGACAAUGUCCAGGUCCUCGUUAUGGGGAGCGAUUUGGGUUUCCCCAGCCACUCUGGGUGGAUUCCAACAGAACACUAAAAUACAAUAACCUAUUAAGCGUUAAAAGCUUCCCUAAAGAGGGCUGCCUUCAGAUGUCUUCUAAAAGUCUGGUAGCUGUUUUUCUCUUUGACGUCUGGUGGGAGGGCGUUCCACAGGGCGGGUGCCACCACCGAGAAGGCCCUCUGCUUGGUUCCCUGUAACUUGGCUUCUCGCAGGGAGGGAACCGCCAGAAGGCCCUCGGCGCUGGACCUCAGUAUCCGGGCUGAACGAUGGGGGUGGAGACGCUCCUUCAGGUAUACAGGACCGAGGCCGUUUAGGGCUUUAAAGGUCAGCACCAACACUUUGAAUUGUGCUUGGAAACGUCCUGGGAGCCAGUGUAGGUCUUUCAAGACGGGUGUUAUGUGGUCUCGGCAGCCGCCCCCAGUCACCAGUCUGGCUGCCCCAUUCUGGAUUAGUUGUAGUUUCCGGGUCACCUUCAAAGGCAGCCCCACGUAGAGUGCAUGGCAGUAGUCCAAGCGGGAGAUAACCAGAGCAUGCACCACUCUGGUGAGACAGUCUGCGGGCAGGGAGGGUCUCAUCCUGCAUACCAGAUGGAGCUGGUAGACAGCUGCCCUGGACACAGAAUUGCGCUGCGCCUCCACGGACAGCGGUGAAUCCAGAAUGACUCCCAGGCUGCGCACCUGGUAAUGAGGAGAGGGAGGUGUGUUUGGGGCUAUAUAUAGAAAUCUCUGGGUUUUGUGGGGCUGGAGAGCUGCCUGAUUUGCAGAGGUGUUUUUUUUUUAAUUGUUAAUAAACUUAAUAUUAAAGCAAGUCUUGACAAUAGUCUUCAAACGAAAUUUAAAGUUGCAACAAAACUUUGUCUGUUGCUGCAGCAUUACAAAAUAUUCCUAAUAAUAAGCUUUAAUUACACACUGCUGCCAUGUCGGCCACAGUUUUCAGUCAAUAUCUAACCGUCACAUUGGCUCAUUAAAAGUUUUCAGUCGCUAUACCCUGUCCAUAAGCAUUCUGGGGAUGAUGAGGGCAUUUAAAUGUCUCCGUUUUUCAUUAAUAAAAGGGGGGGGGAGAGAAGGAGACCAAAUGCCGGUAUGAGCAAGAAGGAAAUUAUUUCUUUGCAUCCGAGAGUAAGAUUCGAAGUCGGAGGACGGACGAAACACCUUUCCCCAAAAGUGCAGUCCUGCCAGUUAUGAAAAUAGGAACCUUGCUCUCCACAGCCUUUCCAGCACACCAAUGAAGGAUUUAUUCUUGCAAGGUGUGUGUCCAGUGCCAUUGAAAGAUAAUUUUAAGGAAAACUGCCUGGAGGCCAUCUGAAAUUGUUUUUAAAGAUGGGUUGCGCCAUAUAGAUUCCCAUGCAUUUCAUUGAUUUGCAGAGUUGAGAGUCCUUUGCCCUGCUUGCUUUUGCAUCUAGGCCUCCUUUAGUGCGGCCCCCACGAGGCUUCCCAGGAAGGGAGUGUGGCCCUCGGGUCCCUCGCCACCUCCCUUCGAGCUUUCCCACUGCUAACUUGGCCCUACCCGGAGAGAUGAUAAGAAGAAGAAGAAGAAGAAGAAGAAGAAGAAGAAGAAGAAGAAGAAUGUGGUACCUCAGGUUAAGUACUUAAUUUGUUCCGGAGGUCCGUACUUAACCUGAAACUGUUCUUAACCUGAAGCACCACUUUAGCUAAUGGGGCCUCCUGCUGCCGCUGCGCCGCCGGAGCACGAUUUCUGUUCUCAUCCUGAAGCAAAGUUCUUAACCUGAAGCACUAUUUCUGGGUUAGUGGAGUCUGCAACCUGAAGCAUCUGUAACCUGAAGCGUAUGUAACCCGAGGUACCACUGUAAUCAUCAUCAUCAUCAUCAUCAUCAACAUCAUCAUCCUGCCCUCCCCAGCUGAAGCCGGGCUCAGAGCUACAGUUACCUAAGAUCACAAUCAAUUAAGCGAUUAGGCGGAAAGUGGUGGGAAGUAGGGGGAGGAGAGGUGGGGAAAUAUUGUUAAAAAGGUGUAAUUAUAGGUAUAUCAGUACUCUAAUCUGAAUUGUUAAAUUGUGUUAUUAGUGUUAUCCUGGUUUUUGUUGUAUGUGGUUUUUGUGGUUGUUGUUUGUAUUGAAAAAAUGAAUAAAUAAAUUUAAUAAUAAUAAUAAUUAAAAUAAAAUCACAAUCAAUUAAUUAAAAUACAUUCUAAAAUCAAUUCAAUCUAAAAUUCAGAGGGUAAGCAGAAAAGGGAACCUGCUCACAGGAAGCCUUCGUUUUGUCUCCCGCAGCCGGUGGGAAGGGCCUUUGCCAUGGUGGCCAACCGGCCCCCCAGCAGCCACGCCUUGGCGUCUGAGUACGUCAAGUCCAGCGAGGGCGACGAGGAAAUCAUCAAGGUGAGCUGGGACCAGCCGGCGCUCGGCUUUCGCGGCUUUAUUUUUAGCAGACAGGGUGUUGUUGGCGGGCGAGAAAUAGAAGGAAGGAACCGGCUUUUCAGGGAGGGUCUUGUAGUCCAGGGGGGCAGAGCAGCUUCUUUUGCAACCAGAAGGUCCCAGGUGCAAAAACCCAGCAUCUCCAGGUAGGGUUGGGAGAGACGCCCUGCCUGCAGCUGCCAGUCAGUGUAGGCAGUAUGGAGCUGUAUGCCCAGAUGCUUCAGUAUAAGGCAGCUUCUGGUGCCUCUGCUUAAAGCAGCCCUCUUGCUCAGAACCAUGAGGACUGGAGCCUUGCUUCAUUUUUAGGGGGAAUGUGUGUAGCUCUGUGGGAAAGUCCCUGCUUUGCAUGCAGAAGGUCCUAGGUUCAAUCCUGCCCCCCAUAUCUCCAGAUGGGGUUGGUUUCUUCUUGAAACCCUGGAGAGCAGCUGCCAGCCAGUGUCGGCAGCCCUGAGGUAGGUAGACCCCAGUGACCUGGCUCUGUAGAAGGACAGCUUUCUGUGUUCCUGUUUAAGGUCACGGCGUAGAUUUAAAGCACCUGCCUUCUCCUCAGGGACUCUAUUUUAUUUUAUUUUAUUUAUGCUUUUCAGGUUUAUACAUUUCACUAAUUUCACAAUCCUUUUAACAUUUCAUAACUUUGACUUCCUUCCCCCUCUUUCCACGGUUCCUUAAAUUUAUUUUUAAUACCUUUUGCCUAUCCAAAUUCACUUAAUUUGCUCAUUUAUCCAUCUGCUUUAAAUAUAUGCUCUUAUAGAACUGCGGGUCAUUGCAAUAAUCCUGCCAAUGUUCUUACCUGUUUACAAUUUAUCAGCAAAUAUUCAAUAAACCAUUUCCAUUCUUUUAUAAAAAGUUUGUUAACUUGAUUUCUUACUCUUCCGGUAAGUUUCUCCGCCUGUUCUGUAAGUUUUUGAAUCCGUUCUUCCUUUGCUUCCCCUCAAGGGUUCCUGGGAAUUCUAGUUUGCCCCCUCACAGAGCUGCGGUUCCCGGAAUGCUUUGCAAGGGGAACCCGGGUGCAGUGGCUCUGACUUCUUUUUCGAAACAUGAGGACUAGAAUCUUUGCUGUUAGGAAAAGGUUUGCAGCUCAGCAGCAAGGCUGUGUAGGUGAAGCUUGCAGAGGAGGCUGUGUCCCUCCUGAUGUUGCUGGACUCCAGCUCCCAUCAUCCCUGGUAAAAAUAAACUAAAUAAUAAAAAUCAGAAAGUUUAAGGGAAAAAAUUAGAAAAUUGAACAAAGCCUUAAUGGGAUAAUAAUAAUAAUAAUAAUAAUAAUAAUAAUAAUAAUAAUAAAAAAUUUCAUUUAUAUCCCGCCCUCCCCAGCCGAAGCCGGGCUCAGGGUGGCUAACAACAAUAAAAUAAUACAACAUUCUAAAAUCAUUUCAUUAAAAUUAAUUCAACUCAAAUUGAUGGCAACCAUUAGGCUAAAAUUCUGUGAAGAUUGCCAAAGGAGGGAGUCAGGCUGUGCCCUGGCCAAAGGCCGGCUACAAACCUUGUUUCACUGAACUAUUCAGUUUCCUCUGAAGGAAAUAGAAAAAUCGUAAACCUUAAAUGACCAAAUUUUUUUAAAAAAGGGGUAGAACUCCCAAAAAUACUGAAGUGUUAUAAUCCUAGGUAAAGCAAGGUUUUUCUAAUUUUUAAACUUUUUGAUUUUUAUUAUUUAGUUUAUUUCUACAAGAUAAUAUUUCUAGUCGAUUACUUCUCGUUUCAGGGAUUUUCAUUUGUUUUGUGCAAUUCUCAGUUCCGUGACUGUCUUUUUUCUGCUGACUGCCAUCAUCCCUGGUGGCUGGCCAUGCUUGAUGGGACUUGGAGUCCAGCCACGUCUGGGGGGCUCCAGCUUGCUCCCCAGCCCUGAUCCUCAACCGUUCCUCAAGCAUGCGCCUGUCCCAUCUUGCGCCGGGUUUGCCUCCUUCCUAUCAGGGCAGCUUUCCUUCCCAACUUGAUGGGCGUUCUGGUUUCUCCUCUGUGACUCAGGUCUACCUCCGAGCCCGAGCCGAGGACAGGGCCCAGAACGAAAAGAGCCUCCAUCAACUGAAAAGUGACGGCUGUCAUAUCCAAGCGGUAAUUAGCAUCCUUUUAAAUAAUGUGUGCUGGCAAGUAGCGGGGAGGUAAUUUUGCAAAACGGAAGGAGCUGGUAGCACGGGCUCUCAACGGGGCACUGAAGGGUGUGUGUGUGUGUGUGUGUGCGCGCGCGCAGAAAUAACAUAAAUACCGAAUUUUUUGCUCUAUAAGACUCACUUUUUCCCUCCUAAAAAGUAAUGGGAAAUGUGUGUGCGUCUUAUGGAGCGAAUGCAGGCUGCACAGCUAUCCCAGAAGCCAGAACAACAAGAGGGAUCGCUGCUUUCGCUGUUGUUCUGGCUUCUGAGAUUCAGAAUAUUUUUUUUCUUGGUUUCCUCCUCCAAAAACUAGGUGCGUCUUAUGGUCUGGUGCGUCUUAUAGAGCGAAAAAUACAGUAUUUCUGAAGUUUACUGCAGCGGCUGAAGAGGCAAGCAACUUUUCACCUGCAGCUGGAAAGGGAGGCUUGCCUCUUCAGCAGUUUGGUAAAAACCUGUUGCUACCCAGUGUAUUUUUCUCCCGCCAAUGCACAGAUUCUGUCCCAGAAAAAAAUAUUCUCGCAUUCUUGCUGAUGCAUUCUGCAAAGGGGAGUAAGGGAAGGACCUUAGGACAAGUUGCAAAAGGCAAACCUUUAUACAGAGGAACGCCUUGUGUUGGAGCCUGGCUAUAGAAAUCCGCUCCGCCUAACUGGCACCAAAGGGUGUUUUCUCUCUCCCCACCCCCCUUUUUGCAUCAAGAAGCUCGCUGACUCACGCCCGCCUUAGAACCUCUGCCGCAUCCGAGGCCCUAAUUGCUUUGCUAGCUGGAAAGGAUCUGUCAGGAGUUGCCUUCUGUGUUUUGUCUGCCCGUCUUGGCCCAGCUGCCUGCCUGCCACACCUCGCAGCGAGGGCCUCUCCCCGCUCUGAAGGUGUUGGCGGUUCCUUUGGCAAAGUCCCCGGCGUUUCCCAAGAGUUUUGGGAGGUCUGCAACCACAGGCAGCCUGUGAUGGGUCUUUGCUCGGUUCCUUCAAAGAUGAGAAAGUCUGAGAUGGAGAGGGGUGGGCUUUUUUUUGACAAUAGUAUUUAUUAAUUUUCAAUAGACAUAACAAAAAAGAAAAUAUGCAACAACACAAUAGAGAAGUGAAAAAGAAGGAAAAAAAGAAUAACAAACUUAAAAUACGUAAACAGAAAAAAAAGAAACUCAAUUAAUUGAUUGAAAUCCAUUUUCAUAAACAUUUUAGUUGACUUCCUCUAAUCUCCUCCAUCUGAAUUUCCUCUUAAUUUGAAUGUAGCAGUUUCCAGUAUCAUUAUUUCAUAAAACAAUAUUACAGUCGUAUUCCAAUUUCUUUACCUUUCUUAUAGUACAUUUCUUAUUUAUAUACUUAAGUCUAAUUUAAUCCUAGGCCUGAUUGGUUCUUUCAAGUGGUUACAUUUCUUUAAUAUUAGAAGAUUUGUUCAAAUAGUCUUUAAAUUUCUUCCAGUCUUCUUGGUAGUCCUUUCUGGUCGCUGAUUCUCCCGGUGAGAUCAGCCAGCUCCAUGAAUUCCAUCAUCUUCAUCUGCCUGAGAUGGAGAGGUUAGGCUGAGCCAGAGGGGGAGCAGAGCGAGGGUUUGGCUCUGUUUAUAUCCCGUCUUUCCUUCCAGGAAUUCCAGGGCGAUGUACGGGGUGUUUCUCUCCCUCAACAAAAAAAAAAUUCCCCGAAUUUAUCUCACAACAACCCUGUGAGGUUGGCCAAGCUGAGAGGUGGUGACCGGGGUCUGUGUGUGUUUGUGUGUCGGGGGGAAGAGCAGGAAUGACUGGCGUCGCUCAGGAAGCAGCAGCACCCAUGGACCCUGCUAGAAAAAUGCAACCUGUGUUGCUGAUAGAAGUAUUGCGACUCACGCAACACGUUGGCACUUACCGUAUUUUUUGCUCUGUAAGACGCAUUUUCCCCCUCCUAAAAAGUAAGGGGAAAUGUGUGUGCGUCUUAUGGAGCGAAUGCAGGUGGGAGGUUCUGCUCAGCGCUCCCUUUAAAGAGCCGCGUGGAGCGAUUGUGCGGCUCUUGGGGGCUGUUCCCCGAGGAGGGAGAAGGGCUGCCCAUCUCCCUCCUCAGGGAAAAGCCCCCAAGAGGGGGCAAACACUCCGCAUUGCAGCAUAGCUGUCAGCUUACAGAUUUGAAAAUAAGGGGCCAGCAGCCAAAAUAAGGGAUUUUCCAGCACAGGUAUGUUCAACUUCUUAGCCCCUCCGAGCCAAAGGCAGAAAGCCCAGCCAGCAGCCAAACGAAGCCUCAAGCGGUGGUUCCCACAGCGCAGCAACCCGGCAAAGGGGAUGCAGCAAGGAAAAGCACCGUCCCCUCUCCGCUGGGAAGCGCUGAGCAAAGGCGAGUCCCCAGGCAACGCGGCCGAUUUGAUUGGCACAAGGCAUGCAAGCUCCACCCCCCAGUCGUUCUUAGACUCCUCAUUGGGUGAGCAACGCAGCCAAGCAACAAUAUACUUUUAAAAACUGUCCUAAAAAUGACGUUACCCAUCAGCUGCUAAAAGCCUGGCGAUAAAUACGGUUUCUUUAUCUGCAUGAUUAAAAGGGUGUGAGAGACGCCUCUGUGUGGAGUUCUGUCACGAAAGAGGUGCUGUUCUGUUCCCUUUCCCCAGUUUAUUUUACUUUAUUUGUGUGUAUGUCUUCAAACACAGAAAACGCUGGACAAGCCGAACGGGAUCCGUCCUCACAGAACUACCUCAUUUCGCAGCGUAUCACUAUGCCAGGUCCGUGCGCGAGAGUCCGUGGCCGUGGUGGUGGUGGUGGUGGUGGGGGGGGGACGGUUGGCGUUCACAGGUGGCCUCCAUGCCUGGAAGGAACUGAGGUUGGGGAAAAACUGGGCUGGUCACAAAAGGGCCGGCUUGUUCACUCGCUCUGACCUAGAGCUGAAGUUAGGGGAGAGGGGAGGCAGUGUGGUGCAAUGGUUAGAGCCUCAGGCCAGUGGGGUAGGGAAUCCUCACUCUGCCGCUGGGUGAUUUUUGGGGGCCCCGACCUUGCAAGGAGAAGCCAAGGAAGUGAAAGCCCUGUCCCUUGCCUUGGAACUUCUUGCAGGGGGGGGGAGAUGUUAAUGCAAUUAAUUAAUGCCUUGAACAAGGUGAAUCAGCUUGCUUGUGGCUCGUUUGCACGUUAUUUAUUCUUGCAUUUAUACCCCACCGUUCCUCCAAGGAUCUCAAGAUGGCCUAUGCACCUCUCCCUUUCUCUUCACCCCCCACCCUCACAAUAACCCUGUGAGGUAGGUUAGGCUCAGAGAUGCUGGCCGGCCCACUGUGACCCCAGCGGGGAUUUGAAGCUCAGUCCGGCACUCUAACCAUUGCACCACCCUGGAUGUCAGCACCAAAUGGGGAGAUGGGAGUCCAUCGUUUUCUUGGCAGUUCAGGGGUGGGGAGAUCUCAGGCCUGGGGGGGCCUAAAUGUGCCCCUCCAGGCCUCUGUGUCUGGUCUUUGCCCAGCCACUCUGGGCGGCUCCCAAUCGAGUGUUAAAAACAAUACAGCAUAAAAUGUUAAAAACUUCCCUAAACAGGGCUGCCUUCAGAUGUCUUUUAAAGAUAGGAUAGCUGCUUCUUUCCUUCACAUUUGAAGGCAGGGCAUUCCACAGGGCGGGUGCCAUCAUCGAGAAGGCCCUCUGCCUGGUUCCCUGUAACCUCACUUCUCGCAAUGAGGGAACCGCCAGAAGGCCCUCGGCGCUGGACCUCAGUGUCCAGGCUGAACGAUGGGAGUGGAGACGCUCCUUCAGGUAUACUGGACCGAGGCUGUUUAGGGCUUUCAAGGUCAGCACCAACACUUUGAAUUGUGCUCAGAAACGUACUGGGAGCUAAUGCAGGUCUCUCAGGACCAGUGUUAUAUGGUCUCAGCAGCCAGUCCCAGUCUCCAGUCUAGCUGCCGCAUUCUGGAUUAAUUGCAGUUUCCGGGUCACCUUCAAAGGUAGCCCCACGUAGAGCACAUUGCAGUAGUCCAAGGGAGAGAGAACCAGAGCAUGCACCACUCUGGUGAGACAGACAGCGGGCAGAUAAGGUCUCAUCCUGCGUACCAGUUGGAGCUGGUAGACAGCCGCCCUGGACACAGAACUGACCUGCGCCUCCAUGGAGAGCUGUGAGUCCAGAAUGACUCCCAGUCUGCACACCUGGUCCUUCAUGGGCUCAGUUACCCCAUUCAGGACCAGGGAGUCCCCCACACCCGCCCGCCUUCUGUCCCCCAGAAACAAUACUUCUGUCUUGUCAGGAUUCAACCUCAAUCUGUUGAGAGAGAGCGAAGUAGGAAACUAACCUAUCAUAAAAAACAAAGCAUCCCCUUUCAUUGCUCCACCCACUCUUGUUUCUGGCCCCGCCCACUCCUGGUGUGCGGCCCUCGGAAGGCUGCCCCCAAAUGGGAAGGUGGCCCUCCGGCCGAAAAAGGUCCCCCUUGCUUAAAAACCUUACCUCUCUCCAGGAUGAGCCGACGUACCCCGGAGAAGACAUCUCGAUAAUGCGGGAGACCACCAAGAAGCUCUUCACGAAACUUCAAGAGGCUGAGAAGCGCCACCAGUCGGACAGAGCCGCUUAUGAGGUCAGAACACAAGAAAUGCCCGCUGGAUCAGGCCAGCGGUUCCCAAACUUUUAUGGGGGGGGGGUCACCGCUCCCUUGGUUCCAUAAGCUCAUCCCCAGGGCCCGCAACCUUACCCUACAAAAAUCAUGAUUCAAAACUGCAGUUUGAGCGACCCGUUCAGGAAGAUCGUAACAUUCAAAGCGGUCGCAAUCAGUUGCACAUUCUUCAAAAUCCAGUUUGGACAGUUUAGCUUGACUAAUGCAACAAAACUGACAAACUUGAUCCAGGGAUAGCGGCUUUCCAAAGUGUGACCAUCCUUUACACCUCCAGCACCCCUGUGUAGGGCUGGCUUUCAGCGUUGCAAUAUAUCGCCAGCUAAACAUUGCGAUAUACAGUGGUACCUCUGGAUGCGAACGGGAUCCGUUCCUGAGCCCCAUUCGCAUUCUGAAGAGAACGUGACACGCAUCUGCGCGGGUCGCAAUUUUCCGCUUCUGCACAUGUGUCUGACGUCAUUUUGAGCGCAUGCGCGAGCGGCGAAACCCGGAAGUAACGUGUUCUGUCCUUUCCGGGUCGCCGCAGAGCGCAACCCGAAAACACUCAACCUGAAGCAACUUUAACCCGAGGUAUGACUGUAGAGUUGUGCCUUGGAUCCCGGACGCCCUGGAACUCGGACGUUUCGGCUCCCGGACAAUUGAAACCUGGAAGCGAGUGUUCUGGUUUUCAAACGUUCUUUUGGAACCUGAACUGCUGACGGGGCUUCCUGCAGCCAAUCAGAAUUUUCAAAAGUUUUGGAAGUCGAAUGGCCUUCCGGAAUGGAUUCCGUUCAGCUUCCAAGGUACGACUGUACUGAUAUAUCACACUGUCUGAAAUAAGGAUGGAGCUAUUAGGGACGUGGGUGGUGCUGUGGUCUAAACCACUGAGCUUUGGGCUUUCCGAUCAGAAGGUCGGCGGUUUGAAUCCCCAUGAGGGGGUGAGCUCCCGUUGCUCGGUCCCAGCUCCUGCCAACCUAGCAGUUUGAAAGCACACCAGUGCAAGUAGAUAAAUAGGUACCGCUCCGGCGGGACGGUAAACAGCGUUUCCAUGCGCUGCUCUGGUUUGCCAGAAGUGGCUCAGUCAUGCUGGCCACAUGACCUGGAAGCUGUACGCCGGCUCCCUCGGCCAACAAAGCGAGAUGAGCGCCGCAACCCCAGAGUUGGCCAUGACUGGACCUAAUGGUCGGGGGUCCCCUUUACAUUUGGCUUCAUGGUUUCCCCCGCAUCCCACACAACAGAGACACACAUCACCCCCCCUCGAACCCUGCUAGGUAAUCUUCCCCCCCUCCCCCAGGAGUGGUACUGUCCACUUUGAGAACUGCUGAUCUGGCCCAAUUUCCAACACCUGGGAGGCCCGUGGCUUUGCAUCCUCGACUGGGGUUGCAAGGACCACCCUCUCUGAGGCUGCGCUGCCAGUUGGAUGAGAUGCUUGAGCUGUGGGCCAGGGAAGGGGUCCUUCGUCAUUGCCUCCAAAUAAUAAUAAUAAUAAUAAUAAUAAUAAUUUAUUAUUUAUACCCCGCCCAUCUGGCUGAGUCUCCCCAGCCACUCUGGGCAGCUCCCAAUCAAGUGUUAAAAACAGUACAGCGUUAAACAUUAAAAACUUCCCUGAACAGGGCUGCCUUCAGAUGUCUUUUAAAGAUAGGAUAGCUGCUUAUUUCCUUCACAUCUGAAGGGAGGGCGUUCCACAGGGUGGGUGCCACCACCGAGAAGGCCCUCUGUCUGGUUCCCUGUAACUUGACGUCUCGCCGGGAGGGAACCGCCAGAAGGCCCUCAGAGCUGGACCUCAGUGUCCGGGCAGAAUGAUGGGGGUGGAGACGCUCCUUCAGGUAUACAGGACCGAGGCCGUUUAGGGUUGAUGAUGGUAUGAUGAUGGUUGCCAGGCUUUUGGAGUGAACAGUUCAGUUUCGCUAGCCGUGUGUGUGUGUCGACAUGCAUGCAAAAGUGCCCCCUCUCCCUUCUUCUUGCAGACGUCCAUUUCCCAUUAUCGGAGGGAAGCUGAACAUUCGGGAGCAGCUCUCAGAAGGGUGGAGCUGGACUUGGAAGAGAAGGAUUUGAAGCUGGAGGAACUGCAGAGACUCCUGACGGGGAUGGAGAAGGUAUUCGCCUGACGGAAGACGCCGGCGGUUGUCCGCAGGGCAGAUUGGCGCAGCGAAAGCUGCUGGGCCAAAAUUAAGAGAGAGUGCAAAUUUGCUUGGUUUGGUGAUGCAUCUAAUUGUACCUUUUUGUUUAAUUUCAUUCAGAACCCUCUUUUCUUUAGUUGUCUUUUUUUGAAGUGGCCCUUGCAAGCAGAAGAUGGCAUUAAAAACAGUCUAGCAAACUUAUCAGAGACCAAACAAUUCUUUAGACCCUGGAAAGGAGUAGCCGUAGACCAGAAUGCCUUUAAAAAAUAAUAAUAAUAAAAUGUAAUGAUACCAUUCAACCAAAAACGUGCUGGUUUACAGCUUAAAAGACUAGGACUAGCCGCCUGAGAAACAGUUUAUAUCCAAAUGCGAUUUUGGUUUUAAACGCAGUGUAAGGGGUCUCUAGGGGGACUCGGGUGGCGCUGUGGGUUAAACCACUGAACCUAGGACUUGCCGAUCAGAAGGUUGGCGGUUCGAAUCCCCGCGAUGACGGGGUGAGCUCCCGUUGCUCGGUCCCUGCUCCUGCCAACCUAGCAGUUCAAAAGCACGUCAAAGUGCAAGUAGAUAAAUAGGUACCGCUCCGGCGGGAAGGUAAACGGCGUUUCCGUGCGCUGCUCUGGUUCGCCAGAAGCGGCUUAGUCAUGCUGACCACAUGACCCGGAAGCUGUACGCCGGCUCCCUCGGCCAGUAAAGCAAGAUGAGCGCCAAAACCCUAGAGUCAGCCACGACUGGACCUAAUGGUCAGGGGUCCCUUUACCUUUACCUAAGGGGUCUCUAUGGGAGUGUAUUGUAUUUUUAAAAUGGGGUAUCAGGUUUUUAGGGGGCUAACCAGGCUGGGAUAGCAUGCUUGUUGGUUUCGAAUGUCUUGUGUAGAUUUUUUCCCCCUUCCAAUUUCGUUGUUCUGUAUGGGACAAUGACAAUAAAGAUUAUCGUAUCGUAAAGCAACGUUUCCCAUCCUUGCGCCUCCAGCUGUUUUAGGACUACAACUCCCAUCAUCCCUAGCUAGCAAGACCGGUGGUCAAGGACAAUGGGAAUGAGAGUCCAAAAACAGGCGGAGACCCAAGGCUGGGAAACACUGGCAUAGAGUACCCACACCUGCUCAGGAUGGGAAUCUAAGAAGAACUGUCGCCUUUUCAUCCUCUGUGAAUCCGCCCCGUCCUCUUUUAAAGACAUUCAAGUUGGCAGGCGUCGCUGCCUCCAGUGAGAGCAAAUUAUGUGCGUACUGUGGGUCAGGAAUACUGCCCAGCCCCACGGCGUUCUCUGUUCUUCCCCUCCCUAGGCGUAGCUUUUUGGGUUUUUUGCAAGGCCUGCUGUCGGACCUGAGAGCCUCGCGGCAGCCACCUUAACCCUGCCUGCCCUUCUCUCCCCGUUGCAGGAGCACAAAACUCUGCUACAGAAGAUGAGAGACGACGAGUCUGAGCUGGAGCAGCUGCGCAGCGUCGAGAAGGACAAAGUUGCCGAGCAGGAAAGGUGAGAGGCUUGAGCCCCAGGCGUGGUGGAUCUGUGGGGCUGGGGACUUGUGUCUGACUUGCGUCCAAUAGGGUUUUGCGACGGAUAGCACAGAACAGGGCGUGGGGUGGGAGGAGAGAUAAUAAACAGCUCCCCAUUUGCAUACGGGUUACAUUCCGAGGCGCAACACGUUUAAGUGAAAUCACAUACAGUGGUACCUCGCAAGACGAAAAACUCGCUGGACGAAAGGGUUUUUUGUUUUUUGAGCUACUUCGCAAGACGAUUUUCCCUAUGGGCUUGCUUCGCAAGACGGAAACGUCUUGCAAGUUUGUUUCCUUUUUCUUAACACCGUUAAUACAGUUGCGACUUGACUUCGAGGAGCAACUCAUAGAACGCGGUGUGGUAGCCUUUUCUGAGGUUUUUAAAAACUUUGGUGAUUUUUGAAGCUUUUCCAAAACUUUCCCGACACCGUGCUUUGCAAGACGAAAAAAACCGCAAGACGACAAAACUCGCGGAACGAAUUAAUUUCGCCUUGCGAGGCACCACUGUAUAUUGGAACACCAUUGGGAAAACCGCCAAACACCCUCCAAACUUCUGGAGAACCCUUUAAAAAAAUAUACACCAAACUCCACUGUGAUCACUUCUUGCUCAAACUCCCAACGCUCCACAGGCCUCAAAGUUCAGUGCUGGGAUUGCUAGAUGCUAUUUUUGAGUCAUUUUUAAUAAUAAUAAUAAUAAUAAUAAUAAUAAUAAUAAUAAUAAUAAUAAAUUUUAUUUAUACCCCACCCUCCCCAGCCAGAGCUGGGCUCAGGGUGGCUAACACCAGUAAAAUUACAAUAAAAACAUAAUAGGGGAAAAACAACAACAAAACAAUUUAAAAUACAGGUUAAAAUGCAAUUUAAAAUGCAGCCUCAUUUUAAAAGUAGCCCAAUGGUCAAAACCAAAAGGGGAGGGAAAACAUAAUGGUCAGAGUGAGUCCAAACCAAAGGCCAGGCGGAACAGCUCUGUCUUGCAGGCCCUGCAGAAAGAUGUCAAGUCCCGCAGGGCCCUGGUCUCUUGUGACAGAGCGUUCCACCAGAUCGGGGCCAGUACUGAAAAGGCCCUGGCCCUAGUCAAGACCAAUCUAACCACUUUGCGACUUGGGACCUCCAAAGUGUUGUGAUUUUGCCGUUUUCGUGCUCUUUCGGGGCUGUUUUCACCCCUUUUUAUUCCACGUCUGAGUUCGCAGCGAUACACGCGUGUGCCCCGAGAGCACUUAAAUGGGGAGUUGCCCAUGCAGCCGCUUUUCUUUUUUUUCUUUUUUCUUUUUUUUUUAUUCAAAAUUAUAACAAGACAUAUUAUCCAAAAACAUAUCAUCCUUGUUUCCCCCCCAUUUUUCCUCCCUCCCCCCCUCCCACACAACCCGCCCCCCGACUUCCCUCAGUUCCAGUCUUUGGUUUCUCUAAGAAUGCUGUUUUCUGCAUGUUACAAAGUUCUAUAGAUCCUCAAACUAUUUAGCUGAUUAUUAUCAAUAAAAAGUUUGUGAAUGUUCAAAACCUGCCAAGGAGUCCAGUCCAGUUCACUUUGUUGCGUCUUCAGAUACUUUGUAAAGGGUUCCCAUUCAUCCUUAAAGUCACAGUUAUCCUUGUCCCAUAGCUUAUCUGUCAGUUUUGCCAGUUCUGCAUAAUUCAUCAAUUUUUCUUGCCAUGAUUCUUUAGUUGGGGUUUCUUCAGUCUUCCAUCCUUGUGCUACCAGAACUCUUGCGGCCGUUGUCGCAUACAUGAAGAUGCUUUUCAACUUUUUUGGCAGGUCUUUCCUUACAGUCCCCAACAAAAAUGCCUCGGGUUUUUUAACAAAUGUUAAAGGGAACAUUUUCUUCAAUCCGUGCAGCCGCUUUCCAAGCUGGAACGAAAAGCGGGAUCUUACGGAACUGGCUUUUGCAUAACCUGCGGCCUCUUUCUCCUUCUUCUUCUUCGUCCUCCUGCUCUCAGGUCAGCCAAACUGGAGAAGGAAGUUGCUACUUUGCGAGAGAAGAUCCACCACUUGGACGACAUGCUGAAGAGCCAGCAGAGGAAGGUCCGGCAGAUGAUUGAGCAGGUGGGUGCUGGGAUGGAGCAUUUUGGGGGUCUUGUCCCCUCCCUGAGUUUGGGGUUACGCAACCUGCUUCUUUCUCCUUCCUCCACUCUUACCCCUCCGCUUGCCGGCAGCGUGACAUCCUCCUGACUCCAGAGAUAAUGUUGUGCUAGACCCAAGCGUAAUGCAAAGAGCAGGAUGAGUCCAGCAUCCUUGUUCCCCCUCUGCUCUCAGCCAACCCCCUCCCUGCCUGGCUACCUACUUAACAACCUGUACGAGGGGUGGCCCUGCCUGUUCGCUUCCUCUUCACCCUUUGUCGCGGUCCGGUUCAUGGGCGAUCGAAGUCCCGGCAGGGGACGUCAGGACCGGGGGCAAGAUGGGGUGGGAGCAGGAACGGGGGUCCAGAAGCCAAGAGUUUGAGGUUUCAGAGAGCCAGGAGUCACGAAGCCCAAGGGUCCGAGGGUCAGGAAGCAAGGAGUCACAAAGUCAGGGGUCCGAGGGUCAAGAAGCAAGGAGUCACAAAGUUGGGGGUCCGAGGGUCAGGAAGCAAGGAGUCACAAAGUCAGGGGUCCGAGGGUCAAGAAGCAGGGAUGUCACAAAGUCAGGGGUCUGAGGGUCAAGAAGAAAGGGGUCACAAAGCCCAAGGUUCAAGGAUCAGGAAGCAAGAAACCCAAGGCAGGAAGCAUGCUGCUGUGGCAAAGAGCCGAAGCAAAGUGCUGACCUUGUAUCCCUUCCUGGCUCUUGCCAUGAGGUGCUGUGAGUUACCAAGCAGCCUCACCUGUGUGGCUGUGCCUUGCCUCUUCAGAACAAACUCAGGAAGGCCCCAGUCCUGCAAAGACCUAUUGGUCACAGGGCCUGGCUCCUGCAUGCACCCCUGACACCCUUGGUCUCAACAUUGUCCCUUGUAGAACUUGGCAGGUAGGAGGAAGAAGGGGGGUGGAGUAGAGGAAGUUGGCUCCGCCUCCUGUUGACACUGGCUCCACCCCAUUGACACAGGCUCCACCCCUUUGGCUCUGGCUCCACCUCCCAUUGGGAUUCUUUCUCUGCCUUCUUCCCCACCAGUCCCAAUCGGCCCCAGGCUGCCACUGGGAGUAACCCCAAAAGAGCAUUUUUGCAUAUGUCACUUGAAUGUCAAAAAGCUAAUUGGACCUCAAAGCAGAUUACGGAGAGAAUAAAGCAAGGGAAUUAUCUGUUUUUCAAAAACCUGUCGAACAAUUCUUUAAAACCUUUAAAAAAAAAUUAAUGAAGAGCUAUAAAAAGCCAUAUUAAAACACACGUCAGUGCUCUGCGUGUCUGGAUAGGCUUGUCUUCGUACAUUUGUAAGUCUAGACGGUGAAAGUGAGCUAACAGCCAAACAUAACAGAAACCAGAUGGUAAGAUUAACAAAUAAAAAAGAGAGAGUCUCUCCGCCUUUAAAACCAGCCGUGUGUGUAUCUCCCUGACUUGGGAAAGAGUUAAAUCUUAAGCCCUGUGCCAAUUAAUUUGGCUUCUGUUUGAUUUAAAACUGACCUCCCAUCUUUUGAGUGACUCACACCACAAAAGGACUCCUGUAACUAAGCCCUUUUCAUGGAGGUGUCUGGGGCUGAAUGCAGUGACGAUUCUCUCUCUCUCUCUCUGAAAGUUCUGCAAAUCGCCAGAGGAUUAGGGAUUCAAACUUAAAAUUGUGUUAGAAAAACUUUCCUAAACAAACUCCACACAGCUGAGAGACCAGCAGCUUUUGGAGCCUCCCAGCCGGUUGUUAGAACACCCUAGCAAUUUAGGGGCUUGAGUUUCCUUAUUUCCUCUUCCCUCCCAAUCGGUUUUCCUUGUGUGUUGCAACUUUUUAGAUUGUAAGCCUGUGGGGAGGGGCUGUUGCGUUUUCAAAAUGAUUUAUAAGCUGCUGUAGGAGUCCGAUUAAUCAGGCAGCGUGCAUUAACUGCAGAGGGAGAGAGUUCAGACAUUUCUGUGUCAUCGGUGGUAGUGGAUUACAGCUGCAUUCCUGACCCUUGACCCUGUGGGCUGCUGGAAAUUGAAGUCCAGGAAUAUCGGGAGCUUUCUGCAAAUUCCUCACCCCUCCUUUGACAGCUGUGGCCCCACUUCAUGGGAGUUGAAGUUUGAUGUUGCAUCUUUGCUUUGAGAUCUGUCACUCUCUCUCCCACCUUCCCCAAGAUUACAGAUCCCACUUUCUCUGGGGGUGGGGGUGCUAGUUUUAAAUCCCUGGUGCAACUUAAAAGGUAAAGGGACCCCUGACCAUUAGGUCCAGUCGUGACUGACUCUGGGGUUGCGGCGCUCAUCUCGCUUUAUUGGCCGAGGGAACCGGCAUACAGCUUCCGGGUCAUGUGGCCAGCAUGGCUAAGCCACUUCUGGCGAACCAGAGCAGUGCACAGAAAUGCUGUUUACCUUCCCGCCGGAGGGGUACCUAUUUAUCUACUUGCACUUUGACGUACUUUUGAACUGCUAGGUUGGCAGGAGCUGGGACUGAGCAACAGGAGCUCACCCCGUCGCGGGGAUUUGAACCGCUGACCUUCUGAUCGGCAAGUCCUAGGCUCUGUGGUUUAACCCACAGCGCCACCCGUGUCCCUGGUGCAACUUACCUGGGCCAUUUUGGGGCAUGUUUGCAGCUAGCUUCUCCUUUUCUGAAGAUUGCAUUUCUAACAAUCCUCCUUCUCCACAGCUUCAAAACUCCAAGACUGUGAUUCAGUCCAAAGACACAAUCAUCCAGGAACUCAAAGAACGUGUGGCCUACCUGGAGGCAGAGGUAGGCAGCCAUUUUCAUUAAAGUUCCUAAUUCUGUUGCCUGCAAGAUGUUGACAUUAAAGGGCCUAAGUUUUCUCAUGAGUUGUUUUUCUAUGCAUUGAGCGGGGCUAACAUUGGCUGCAAACCCAUAUAGUCGCUUUUUAGAGCCAUCCAGCGCAGUCCCCUAUCAGCCCACCUUGUGAUCAUAUUUCUCCCUACGAUGUUUGUGCAUAUGGCUGCAGAUUAUUACAGUUUUAUCCAACGUUAGUCCUACUCAGACUCAUUAAAAUCAACAUGCCUAGCUUAGGUCCGCUAAUUUCGGCGGAGGUCUACGCUGAGUAGGGCACCACCCCUGAAGCCCACAUUUUGGAUGCUCUCCUUACGUACGAGAUACUCUUUUAAAAACGUAAAAUUCACCGCUAAUACUUCUCAGUGCAUUCGCCUGUAAAAACAAGGCAUGGCAUACGCAGCCUUUAAAAAAAACCUGGUUUUUGCACGUGCUUUAAGGCUGCGUACACAGCCUUAAAAACACCUAUUUUUGCACAUGCUUUCCCAUUGUGAAAUCUGGAGAAAAUGCGUAAUCCAGUUUUGGAGUAGGGUGGGGUGUUUGCAUUUUGAUUUUGCAAGCUGGCAAUCUUGGUGGUGAAAGACCAAGCGCAUUCCUUGCCCCAGAAGAGCCCUUGGCUCGGCUGCCCCCUGGUGGGGCGUUUGUGGUGCUACGGGAAUGCCGGCCGGGUCCAGAGCAGACUCUUGCAACCUGACUCCAGGUGUGUUGAAAGGACACACACAGGCACGAAAUUGACUUGCAGGUGGGACUGCUGUCCCUCCCUGCCAAAAUGAGCAUCAAAGCAGAUCAAACAGCGCCAUCAAAGAGGAAUUUAAUGCACAUUUUGCCAGUUUCUGCCAAAUGCGUAGUUUUUCUCUUGGCACGUCCCGACCGUGAUCCUUUGCUCCCAUUACUGAAAUGCCGUUUGUUCUUCCAGUGGUUCAGGCCACAGGCCAGUUCUGUCUGCCUCCCUUUUUCCCGAGCGAAAUGUUGCCGGUUAAAUGAACGUGUCCCUUUUUUAAAAUAUGGUUGUAGAGCUGGAAGCCCCCCACCCCCAGUUCGUUUAGACCAGCCCUCUGGAAAUCAGUGACAUCAUCCCUUUUACUCUCCUGUUUUCUCCCUUCAGAACCUCGAGAUGCACGACCGCAUGGAACACCUCAUUGAAAAGCAGGCCCUGAGCGCCGGGGUCCACAAUGCAAGGCCCCGCUCCAAAUCAGAGUACGUCAGCAGGUGAGCGGCUGGGAGAGGGGGCUGGGUGGAGGGGUUGCCACCUGCCCUUUAGGGGCAGUGGCAGCCGGCCUGGGGUGGAAUACAGUGGUGCCCCGCAAGACGAAUGCCUCGCAAGACGGAAAACCCGCUAGACGAAAGGGUUUUCCGUUUUUGAGUUGCUUCGCAGGACGAAUUUCCCUAUGGGCUUGCUUCGCAAGACAAAAAUGUCUUGCGAGUCUUGAGAUUUUUUUCCGCUCCCCCUUUAUCUAAGCCGCUAAGCCUUUAAUAGCCUUUUAGCAGCUAAUCCGCUAAGCCGAUAAGCCUUUAAUAGCCGCUAAACCGCUAAUAGCGCUAAUCCGUUAAGCCGCUAAUAGGGUUGCUUCGCAAGACGAAAAAACCGCUAGACGAAGACACUCGCGGAACGGAUUAAUUUCGUCUUGCGAGGCACCACUGUAACAACAACAACAAAAUUUAUUUGUAUCCUGCCCUCCCUGGCCAGAGCGAGGCUCAGAGCAUCUAACAUCAUAUAAAUAAGACAAUAUGCAUAAUACAGUACAGUGGUACCUCGGGUUAAGAACUUAAUUCGUUCUGGAGGUCCGUUCUUAACCUAAAACUGUUCUUAACCUGAAGCACCACUUUAGCUAAUGGGGCCUCCUGCUGUCGACGCGCCGCCGGAGCACAAUUUCUCUUCUCAUCCUGAAGCAAAGUUCUUAACCUGAGGUACUAUUUCUGGGUUAGCAGAGUAACCUGAAGCGUCUGUAACCCGAGGUACCACUGUAUACAAUAUGCAAAUAAAAUAAUAUUCGACAUUCAAUAGAAUAAUAUAGUAUAAUAAUAAAUAGCAGCAUUUCAAGAUUAAACAGAAAUCCACUCUUAACAGUUACAAUAAGUAAUUUCCCAACUCCAGUCAAUAAAACAACAUCAAGCCCCAGUGCACAACAUAACGCAGUACAAAAGGAGAAGCAGCGACUGGAGGGUGGGGCAAGGCGGGUGGAAAGAGGCCUUGCCUGGUGGGGUCUCACUCCUCAACUACACUCCCUGAGUCGUGGGCCCCGUUGGUGCACCCCUCUUCUCUUCCCCCUCCCCAAAGCGACUUGCACAUUCCUAAAAUGCAAAUAGCUUAACACACCUUCAGAGCGAUGGGCCAGAAUACCUAGGAAGUGCUGAUCCGCACAUUCAAUUCACUGCAAAAAGGGACAAGUCAUACCCACUCACUGCAGAACAGGCCAGGAAUAAUAAUAAUAAUAUUAUUAUUUUUUUAAAUUUAUUUAUUUAUUCAUUCAUUCAUUCAUUCAUUCAUUCAGAGCCCAUCUGGCUGAGUUUCCCCAGCCACUCUGGGCGGCUCCCAGUCGAGUGUUUAAAACAAUACAGCAUUAAAUAUUAAAAAUUUCCCUAAACAGGGCUGCUUUCAGAUGUCUUUUAAAGAUAGGAUAGCUGCUUAUUUCCUUCACAUCUGAAGGGAGGGCGUUCCACAAGGCAGGCGCCACUACCGAGAAGGCCCUCUGUCUGGUUCCCUCUAACUUGGCUAACUUCAGUGUCCAGGCAGAACGAUGGGGGUGGAGACGCUCCUUCAGAUAUACUGGACCGAGGCCGUUUAGGGCUUUAAAGGUCAGCACCAACACUUCGAAUUUUGCUCGGAAACGUACUGGGAACCAGUGCAGAUCUCUCAGGACCGGUGUUAUAUGGUUUCUUCAGCCGCUCCCAGUCCUCAGUCUAGCUGCCGCAUUCUGGAUUAGUUGCAGUUUCUGAGUCACCUUCAAAGGUAGCCACAUGUAGAGCGUAUUACAGUAGUCCAAGCGAGAGAUAACUAGAGCAUGCACCACUCUGGCGAGACAGUUCGUGGGCAGGUAGGGUCUCAUCCUGCAUACCAGAUGGAGCUGGUAGACAGCUGCCCUGGACACAGAGUUAACCUGCGCCUCCAUGGACAGCGGUGAGUCCAAAAUGACUCCCAGACUGCGCACCUGGUCCUUCAGGGGCUCAGGUACCCCAUUCAGGACCAGGGAAUCCCCCACUCCUGCCCGCUCCCUGUCCCCCAAAAACAGUACUUCUAUCCCAACACGUUUCCUAAUGUCAGCUUAUUCUCUAAUAUCUCUCUCCCUCCCCUCCUGUCUUCUCUCUCUCUCUCCUGCAGCAAACGGCUCACCAAGUCUCCAGGCCCCAAACCUUUGCCUCUCAUCCGAGUGCUGGAAACAUGAACUCAAUCUCCUCUCCUCCACUCCCCACUCCCCAAAAAAGGAACCCUCUGCAAACUCACCGGGCCUUUAUUCCAUCGCCAGCUGCUUCGCCCUUGCUGCUCGCUCCCCAGAGGCAACCAACUCCCUUGUAGCGUGCGGUGGGACUGUCUGGGUAGCCCCAUCCGCCCAGCGGCACGGCCCGCUUGAAGCCGCAAAAAAGAAAAAAAGGAGGAUUUUCUGAAAAGGGUUUGAUUGGGACGGGACGCGAGGACGUUUGAAGGCCAAAAGGACGCUUUUGCCCCACCCAAAGGCCGCAAGAAGGAACCUUUGCAUUUCUUGCAAUUGAUCUGUAAGGCUGGUCCCUUUUUGGAAAGAAAGUGCCUUUUUAGUAAUUAUAUAUAUAUAUAAUUAUAUAUGUCAUGUAUAUAUAUAUGGCUAUUAGCUCCGUCCAGCGCUAGGAAGUUCAGUUUUUAUCCCCGUUCAAUCCAGUAUGCCCAUCAAGGGUGGUUUUCAGAUUAUUAAUAACAGUGUAAAGGCGCAUUGGGUUUGACAAAGUCGAGGAGGAAAAAUGUGCCCUAGUUUCCUGCCUCUUCUCACCUCCGAAAGAAUAUGUCUCAGCGACUGCCCAUCCAUCUCUCAGGCAGAGAGUGAACUUCUCCCGUCAAACUCAGCCUAGCCCCCUAGAGAACAGAUAUUACCCCAUGUCUGCAUUUAACCCUGUCGGUUGGCCGCGCCGCACCGUGGCAGAAUGUAGAGGAUCGACUUGUAUAAUGUAAUCUAGCAUUGUGUGAAUGUAGAAAUAAAUACUGAGUUGAGUGUUUAAAAAAAA